UCUGAUACGUUGAUUAGUUACAGCAGCUCGGGUUACCGCUUUCAGAGAACAAGAGUUCUGAAUGAGUUCCUUUGGUUCUGUUCAAUAGUUUAGCUAAUGAUGAUAGUUUUUUCAGUUCGGAACAAAUAUUAGUGUUUCGAACUGAAAUUUAUUUAAGAGAGCAAAUUUAAACGGCAUUUAAGAGCCCGACUAUUAAGUUUCGGAUGAACGUUACAUAACGCUAGCUAAGAUCGCUAACGGUUAUCUAGGUGAAGAACCUUAGCUAGGUUAGCUAAGUUCGUUCACUGAGUUAUGGAUGAUCAGACCGGGUUAACACAUUUGAACAGUCUGUUACUGCAGCUAGCUCUAGAGACUCGGGAAUUAGCGCAGAAAAGAGACGAUCUCAAACAACAAAUUCAAAUUUGCGAAGCCAACAUACAAGAAAAGAAGAAAUAUAUUGAUGGAACUCAGAAGAGUAUAAAGAAACUAGACGAAGGAAUUCUGCAGAAACAAAACACUGUUAAGUGUUUCAAAGAAAGUGUGAAAGGUCUUCGGGCGAUGAGUAAUCUCCUUCUGCAGUAUGAAAAAACACUGGAAGCUGAGUUACAAAGGAGACAGGACAGUUGUAAUCAAGACAUGAAGAUGUUCCAGGAGAGAAUUGAAAACUACAGGAAAAUAUUUCAACAGCACAAAGAUGAGUACUGCCAAAAUGCACUAGCUAAAAAGCUUCUAAAUAUUCAAGCAGACAAUGAAGAAAUUGAGAAAAGAAUUCGAGCCAUAGAGGACCAGAUAAUAGCAAAAGACAAACAGCUGAAAGCUCUACAAGGGGGUCGGGACACAUGUGACAGUGAUCAAACACCUAUUGAGUCACAAAAACAACAAGAACCAUUGUCUGUAAGAAGCUCUCAGCAAGAUGAUAUGUCAUUUGAUCAAGACCUUCAGCCACAGGGCACAGAAGCAAUGCAAGAGGAUAAUCAAACCAAUAAAGAAGAGAAGGAUACAGAGAAUGUUGAGGACCAAGCAGAUGGCAUUGAUGAGUCAAAUGCAUCCCAAGUGGUCACAAUUGGCAGCACCAUUUGGUCAAAGCCAGACAUAGGAUGUGAACCAAUUCAAGGUGCAGAACAGAAACAGCAAGAGCAACCAGCAGAGGAAGAACCUGCAAAUACGUCCUGUGGGUCUGAUGUCAUGGAGGAGAUGCUGGAGAUGAUGGAUGCUGAUGGCCGGCAAGAGAGUGGAGCAACUGCUGGGAUGGAGGGCUAUAGCCAGGGAGUAGCCUGUAACCCAUCAUCCCCCAUCAGAAUGACAGCAGUGCUGAACACUCCAACAUUUUCUCUAAACAGCAGCCCUAAUGCUUCCCCUGGUUGUCACGAGAGUUCAGAAAUGCCCGCCUUUGUAUUUCCAGUGAACUCUGGUCCAAGCACACCUGCAUUCUCUGGGUUUGGCUGUGGCUUUGAUUUGGGAUCAAGCCAACACGAGGAGUCACCCUUUACAUUUACAAGCUCCUAUUUCAGCAACAAGAAGUCCCUGGAAGCAAACCUGCCAGCAGGCUUCCUGUUUGAGUCACAAAGUCAUCCAGAGGUGGAUUUUGCAUUUUCUUUUGGUUCAAAGAGCCCUCAACUCAGCUCCUCUGCCCAAGAGACAGGAGGGGUUGGAGAUGCCUGCCCUUUCUCCUUCAGCCUCGACAAAUUUUAAAUGUUUUAUCUGCAUUUUGUCAGGCUGUUGGUAUUUCAGUAUUUCAUGUCUGACAAGCACAGAACUCAGAUUUUAAAGUUUAAAUAGUAUUGUUCUAAAUUGUUGCUUCAUUUGAUUUUAGACAUUAGUUAUGAUUUUUUUUAUGGGUUUUUCUGUGCUAAUAGUUUUCUGAUGUUUUGUCCUCUUACAGUUAGUUAAAGCUGUUAUAGCUACAGUUAUAGAUACAGUUUCAGGAGCUUAAGUUCAAACAGCUUCCUGUGAACAAAAAUGUAUUUCUAUUAAAAAAUGAUAAAUUAUUAAAAGUAUCCUUAUAAUUAAAGUGUACAUUUCUGU